AUGUCCAGCAACUGCACCAACUUGACAUUGUGUUUUAAUGGGACAGAAAUUGACUUUGAUAGCCAUGGAACACUAUCUGCUGUCUUCAGCACGGUUCUGACUGUAAUGUUGGCUCUGGUGGUGUUUUCUCUUGGAUGUACUGUGGAAGCACAGAAGCUGUGGUCUCAUUUAAGAAGACCAUGGGGAAUUGCUAUAGGUUUUGUGUGCCAGUUUGGACUGAUGCCUUUAAUAGCCUAUCUCCUAGCCAUUGGAUUCUCUGUGCAACCAACACAAGCAGUGGCUAUCUUAAUCAUGGGAUGUUGCCCUGGUGGAGUCAUAUCCAAUAUAAUCACAUUAUGGGUAGACGGAGACAUGGAUCUAAGCCUGAGCAUGACAUCAUGUUCUACCAUCUUCGCUUUGGGAAUGAUGCCUUUGUGCCUCUUCAUCUACUCGCGUUCCUGGGAACUUGCAAAAAGUAUAAAAAUACCAUAUUACAACAUAGGUAUGGCACUUUUAAGUGUUGUUGUUCCAGUUGGAAUGGGAGUGUAUGUAAAUUACAAAUGGCCAAGAAAAGCAAAAAUUAUUUCCAAGGCUGGUUCAAUAAUUGGCGGUCUCCUAAUGCUGGUAAUUGGUGUAGCCAGUUCUGUUUUAUAUAAAGGGUCUUGGAACACCGAUAUUUCUAUCCUGACAAUUGGCAUCAUCUAUCCUCUGCUUGGCUACAUUUCUGGAUUCUGCAUGGCCAUUGUUGUGCGUCAACCAUGGCAAAGAUGCAGAACUAUUGCUUUAGAAACAGGGGCUCAGAAUGUACAAAUGUGUUCCACUGUUCUUCAGCUAUCUUUUACACCGAAGCAACUUGUUCAGAUGUUCACCUUCCCCCUGAUUUAUGCAUCUUUCCAGUUCAUUAAUGGGAUGCUUCUUGUGGCCGCUUAUCAGCUAUAUAAGAGAAAAUAUGGGAACAUAUGCAAAGAAAAGGUGGUGAAUCAUUCUGAGAGGUGCAUCAAAAUCAACGAACUGGAAAUAAAUGGAGACAUCAACCCUCACUUUGAAUACGAUGAAGAAGGUGUGACACAUGUCAGUAAUUCUCUUUCUAGCACCACAGGACAGUUAUCCGAAAUAGCAACUAUCUCAAAGGAUACAUUCUUAUGACUUAACAGUUGUGUGAGUAA